CGUCAUAAUCGAUAGGCCUGCAUGUUAGUGCACAGAGCGCUGUUAAUUAUUGGAAAGUUUUUUAAUGGAACAAUUUUAAUUAAAUUACAAUAGUUGUUUACACACUGCGGCAGUUGGGCACAUCCCGAAAAAAGCGAGUACUACGUGGGGACAGCGAUUGCACAGCGGAAGCAGCCAACGGAAGCCUGCGGGACGUGCGACAAAGAACACAAAGCGACCGAAGACAGGGGCAGUGCAAAACCCGUUUCUUCUUGCGCCCGAUAAAAAGGGGCGUCUAUAUCUCUUGCGAUCCGGAGCCCCUGGCAUCGCAGCACUAUGAUGGUUGAGUCCGAUGGAACCGCCGACGCCACCCGCCGCCUCAAUGUGAAGAAGCAGACGCUGGACGAUGCGUACGCGGUGCCCGCCAACUUCCUGGAGAUCGACGUGGUUCAUCCGCUGACCACCAUGGCGGCGGGCAAGAAGCGCUACACGGACUACGAGGUCCGGAUGCGGACCAAUCUGCCCGUCUUCAAGGUGAAGGAGUCCAGUGUGAGACGACGCUACAGCGACUUUGAGUGGCUGCGGAACGAACUGGAGCGGGACAGCAAGAUUGUGGUGCCACCACUCCCGGGAAAAGCCUGGAAGCGCCAGAUGCCCUUCCGCGGCGACGAGGGCAUCUUCGACGAGAGCUUCAUCGAGGAGCGGCGCAAGGGACUGGAGGCCUUCAUCAACAAGAUAGCCGGACAUCCGCUGGCGCAGAACGAGCGCUGCCUGCACAUGUUCCUGCAGGAGAACGUCAUCGAUAAGAACUACGUGCCCGGCAAGAUUCGCAACACAUAAGCAGCGGCGUCCGGAGCAAUCGAAAACCCCAAAUUAUAGCAAUGCAAUGAAGCAACAACUCGAACGAACAAACCCGCUACGAAAUCUUUAGGGAAUCCGUGUGAAUGUGUGUGCUUGGCCAGAGUGGAGAAGGAGGAGGGAGUCGAAGGGAUCUGUUUAUUAUGCGACGCGAUAAGAGGCGGGAAGUGCUGCUGCUCAGUUAAUGUUGAGCCCCUCUCACCCCCCGGGGACUAGUUAAAAAGAAGCAUUGGGAAUUUUUAAUGCUAAAUUCAAGUUUAUAUGGUAUACAUAACAAUAUACAUACAUAUAUAUAUUAUAUACAAUACAGAUAUUUACGAAUAGUGUACAUAAGACAUGCCUACAGCGCCCCCUCGCUAAAUGAGUCUCGAAAGUAGGAGCUGUCCCUCCCAUUUUCCCGAUCCUCAGUUUCUUCGGUUUGACCCAUUGCAGCGGUAAUGAAGCAGCAAAUAAAAUAAGGGAGCCAUCCUGACCCCGAAAAUCCAUCCCUUGUAAGUGUACGCAAAUUAUUGAAUAUUUUGAAACAGUUUAGUGAAUAAUAUUGUACUUCGAAUCAAAUUAAAAUAAUUCAAAAAUAA